AUGGUUGUCCAAAUCUGACGGGGAGAAAUGUUGGACUUUUGAAGAGAAUGCAGGAUAAAGUUACCGAAAUUAACCCUGAGCAGAAAUUGACAUUUUUGCAUUGUAUUAUACAUCAGGAAGUGUUGUGUAGGUCAGUAUUAAAAAUGAACUAUGUUGUUGAUGUUGUAACUAAAACUGUUAACUUCAUCAGAGCAAGAGCACUGAAUCACAGACAGUUUGUUGCACUAUUGGAGGAAAAUGAGUCUGAACAUUGUGACAUCAGCUACCACACAAGUGCCAGGUGGCUGAGCCUGGGAAAAGUCCUGAAAGUUUUCUGGGACCUGAGAGAGGAGAUCUGGCAGUUCUGUGAGAACAAGGGAAAUGACAUCCCUCAACUUUCAGAUGCAGACUGGCUGGCAGACCUUGGUUUUGCUGUAGACGUGACUUCUCGGAUGAAUGACGUGAAUGUCAAACUGCAAUGCAGGGGCCUUUUUGUGCAUGAAAUGUACAGCGCAGUGAAGGCUUUCAUGAGAAAGUUGCAGCUUCUCUCAAGCCAAAUGGGGAACAAUAUUCUUACUCACAUGCCAACACUGAAGGAAGCCAAACCAUCAGCUGAUCACCUCCACAGCUGCAAUGUGGGUAAUGCACCCAGUGAUGUUCAGAUGGAACUCAUUGACUUGCAGUCUGACACACUUCUGGCAGCACACUUUAG